AUGCUUUGUGUCUCCGUUUGCAGGGCAGCACCCUUUAACAAAUUAGCUAAAAUAAAUUGGAAGUCAAUUCACCUUGUCCAGGGCCUGCGUUCUGCUGCCCCAGCCACAGCAAGCGCUGCUGCUAAGUCGAAUACUCCUCCACUUAAACUAGACGAUAACAGGAUCGAGGUUUUUGUCGAUGGAAAAUCUGUCCUUUGUGAACCCGGUAUGACCGUCUUGCAGGCAUGCAGUUUAGUGGGUGUUGAGAUUCCGCGGUUUUGUUAUCACGAAAGACUUUCGAUCGCGGGUAGUUGCAGAAUGUGUCUUGUAGAAGUCGAGAACUCUGUUAAACCUGUAGCUAGCUGCGCCAUGCCAGUCUGGAAGGGUAUGCGCAUAAAGACCGACUCUGAGAUGACACGAAAAGCCAGAGAGGGUGUUAUGGAGUUUCUGCUGGUCAAUCAUCCUCUGGAUUGUCCUAUUUGCGAUCAAGGUGGCGAGUGUGACCUCCAGGACCAGGCUAUGGUCUUCGGAUCCGACCGCUCUCGCUUUAUCGACAACUCGUUCUCAGGUAAGCGAGCCGUGGAGGACUUCAACAUGGGCCCUCUCAUCAAGACCUGCAUGACUCGUUGUAUCCACUGUACCCGUUGCGUCCGAUUUGUCAACGAGGUGGCUGGAGUGCCAGACCUUGGUACCUCAGGUCGAGGCAACAGCAUGCAAAUCAGCACCUACGUUAAUCGAAUGAUUGAAAGUGAACUUUCGGGCAAUGUUGUUGAUCUCUGCCCUGUGGGGGCCCUUCUUUCCAAACCCUACUCCUUUGUUGCGCGUCCUUGGGAGACAAGACGCAUCGAGUCCAUCGAUGUGAUGGACGCAGUAGGUUCAAACAUCGUCAUCUCAAUGCGGACCAAUGAGGUGCUACGUAUUCUACCCCGAUUGAAUGAGGACGUGAAUGAGGAGUGGUUGGCCGACAAGUCACGUUGUGCUUGUGAUGGUCUCAAACGUCAGCGACUUGUGGUUCCCUUGAUGCGACCUAAAGGUGGUGAAGUACAUCAACGAUCCUCUUGGGAAGGGGUUUUGAUUGCCAUUGGUGAGCAUUUCGUCUCUUUGGGAUCGGUUGAACCUGCCAAGUGUCCACCCAACCAGAUUGCUGUAAUCGCUGGUCCUUUUACUGAUGCUGAGACUAUGACUGCUGCCAAAGACCUCGCAAACGCUGUGAACUCUGAAUUGGUCCUUACUGAAGAGAACUUCCCCCCGAAUAGAAUCGAUGUGCGUGCUAACUACCUGUUCAAUUCAAGGAUUGUUGGCAUAGAUGAGGCUGAUUUGAUCCUAUUUAUCGGCACCAAUCCGCGAUUUGAAGCACCAUUGAUUAACGCACGUGUACGCAAGAACUGGCUCAAUAAUGAAUUGGAUGUGGCAUUGAUUGGUGAAAAGGUUGAUCUCACCUACGACUACGAGCAUCUUGGAUCGUCGACCUCGGUCAUUCCCGAAAUCAUUUCAGGAAAGCACCCUUUCGCUAAGCGUCUUGCGGCGGUGAAGAAUCCUCUGGUAGUGGUGGGCAGUGAAGCCCUUCAGCGCGCGGACGGUGCGGCGUUGCAUGCGGCGGUGCAGCAGUUAGCCUGCCACUUUGCGCCCUCGGCGGAGGAAGGUGCGCGACGUUUUAACGUGCUGCAGCGCUACGCUAGCCAGGUGGCCGCUAUGGACCUUGGUUACACUCCUGGGCUCGAUGCUCUCCGAACCGCUCAGCCCAAGGUGGCCAUCUUGUUGGGCGCUGACCAGGGUCAAUUGACACGUGCCCAUUUGCCGGAGGAGUGCAUGAUCAUCUACAUUGGCCACAACGGCGACCACGGGGCGAAGAUGGCGGACAUUGUGUUGCCCGGUGCCGCCUAUACGGAGAAGCACGCAACUUACGCUAACCUGGAGGGUAGGGCCCAGCGUACCUACCCCGCCGUGGCACCGCCAGGCGAAGCACGCCAAGACUGGGCCAUCCUUCGUGCCAUAUCUGAGGUCGCUGGGUGCCCUCUACCUUAUGAUGAUCUUGAGGAAGUGCGUCAACGCAUGCGUCAAAUAGCACCUGGUCUGCUCGAGAUCGACGCUGUCCAGAGUGCCGAUCCGGCAUGCCUCAAGGUCACUGCUGCUGAUGCCAAGGUCGAAUACCAAAAGGAAUCAAAAAAUCUUGAUAAAAAAUCACCUUUGAGUGUAUCGAUGAAGGAGCUGUACCAGUACUUCAUGACCGACGCCAUCAGCCGAAAUUCCCAGACCAUGUCACGCUGUGUGAAAUCCUUCAAGACACACGUCCCCCCGGAAAACGCGAACUUCAAGGAAGCUCUCAAUAUGUGGUCUGCAUACAAAACGCUUCAAAACAUUAUUACAAAUGUUUUGUUUAACGGUAGAAUUGAUCAGCUAAUGGAAUUUGAGACCUCCCUAAGGCGCCAUAGGACACCAUUGCUUUUGCCAAUGCAUAAACCGGGAAAAUCGGUCGAAGACCGACAAUCCGUCAAGAAGGCUGAUGUGGAAGCAAUUGCCAUCCCUGGUCUAUCCCAGCGUAUUAUCCUUACGCAAGAUCUCAUUGAAGAAACUUGUUGCCUGAGUGAUCUCUUUGAUGUAAAUGAGAUCACUGCCCUGGAACUUCUGCUAACUGCUGAAGGCCACCUGUCUUCCCACUCAAGUGGUCUGAGUCGUGCAGCCCUGGCAAUCACAUUAUACUUUGAUGCUUAUUGUGCUCUCGCAGAAUCACUUAAUGCGAUCAUCAAACGCCGUAUUGGACGUAUACCCAUGAGCAAUCCACCUUCUCGGGAUGUCGAAAACAUUAUUAGCUCCUUUACCGAGGAUCUAUGGCAAACUGGACUUCUAGAAAAUCUCCUUACUUUUCUGAGUAAAUUCAAUGUUGAAAGUGAACUCAAGCGUCUUGAGACAGCUCGUGUGCUCGAUAGUCGUCAACACCGUCGAGAUAUUCGACGUCUUCUCACAGGGAUCCGAAACCGUCUUGCUGAGACUGUCAUGCUGUGGGCCGCGCAAACACCCCUCUCCUCUUCCGAAAUGGCUCAGGUACUCGCUCACCUCAUCGGUUCCAAAUCAAGCUUUGAAGUUGGUGUUGAUCUUGAGGAUGAUGUCUCACUACCUCUUGACCAUGGCAGCAUUCACCUCUUCAUGGCCCUCCUCUUCUCCUUGGAACCUUUUGGUGCUUCUGGAGUUACUGUUGAACAAUAUGCAGAUGCGGAUGAACAGGGUUGGCACCAUAAUUAUUGGAAAGACAUUGCUUCUCUUUUGGUUUCUAGCCACAGAUUCAUGUCUCCUUUAGACUUGCAGCAUCCCCUUUUCUCAGAGGCUGGUUAUGUAGCCUCUGUGACGGAGCUACUCACUCUGCCCGGCGAAGCCAAUCAAAAAAAAACUUCACUUGUGAUUGAGGGACUGCAUGGUCUUUUGCAGAUCUCAUGGGCUAUAGCCUUGCAUCGAACCGCACACCUUAGAACAGACCUGCGUCGUCGGCGGGAAGACGGCAACACUCUCGACUACGGAGACGUUGUCGAUGAGGACGAAUUAGUCACCUCAGCGCUCAGAUCCCGAGCCCUGGAAUUUCUCUCAACUGGUAUACUCUCGGAACUGUAUUUUUCGCAUGAGUAUCUUUGGGUCUGUCGAGUGCAUGGUCUCCUAACGGAAUUGCUAAUCCAAUUUCCCCAAAUUACACGCGAAAUGCGACUUUGGGACGAGUCGAUGGUGCGUCGAAUGGGUGUGGAUCCAGGCAGUUUUGCGGUAUUGCUUGAUACCAUCGCCUGUCUUUACAACGUGCCAGGGUCGUCUUUGCAUGCACGUCUCUCGCUGGAGUACUGGUGGCCAGCGGGCGAGACGCAUCUACCAUCUGCGCAGGUCUCUGACACCAUCAACGCCUCCUUCCGUGCUGGAGAGGUGGAAAACUCGCGACAGGCCAUAUUGUUCCGUUUCGUCUACUCCAGUAGCGAGUUCGCCUCCUCCCCGGUCAUAUUUGUGCCUUACGUGCGAAUGCUACGCUCUCUGGUUGGCUGCCAAACUUCGGCUAAUCUCUGCUUUAAUCUACUCAAAGCUACCGCUUCCUCCGGAGGUCGAUUGGCCUCACUGCUUACCUGGGACCACUUCAUCUCGAGCCUACAACAAUAUCUAGAGCACCUGAAGCGCGCCACAACCAUUACAUCGGGUGUGGGGAUGGGAGGCCAACCGCUGCAUCUGCAACACCCUCACCUCUACCACCAAUCUACGGCUGCCUCGAUGGUAGCAGCGGGCGAUUCUCAUUUCGUGCAACAACAGCAGGAGCAGCAACUGCAGUCUGCUUUGGUACCCCUCGAGAUCCAACCGGAGGAAGUAGAAGCUCUACGCAUUGUAGUGGCUCUCAUCACACGUGUCUGUAUCAUGGAUCCAAUAGCACGUUCCUCUUUUGCAUCAAACACAAAGUGGCGCCUCAUCUCCACCGCUAUCGGCCUUAUUACUUGUCCUCUUCCAAUGUCAAUGAAAGCGGACUUGCUAUACCUCCUUUCAUCACUGUCGCACGCCCCCGCCAUCGCGGCUGAGGUUUGGUGUGCCCUUAUGGAUAGUCGUCUGUUCUCCUUCAUCGAACAUCCCUCCGGUCCUCUCCUUUCCUCCACCUCCCCCCGCAGUAUUGUGGGACUUCAUACGGAGAUGGACAAGUUGGAAGCACGGUUAGAGGAGUAUCCAAUCACACAGGCCUUCUUAAACAUUCUCACAACACUGGCGCCAUCUCUAUUGAACUCCGCUGUGGGUACAAGUAAGCUUACUUCGUCGGCCAUGGAGCCUUGCGAGGCGCUCUCCCGUCUAGUUCAUUUCAUCACUGAGACAAUCUUCUUGAAGCAUACCAUGCGUGCCUAUCGUUUGGUCCGUACUUUUCUGCGUCGAAUGCGCUCGGUGGCCAUUCUCAUUGCGGGUGCCGGGCACUGCAGCGACGAGCAGUUGGCCCUCUUCGAUUGGACUACUCUCCUCGGUGGCCACGUGAACACGGCCAAACUCAACCUUCCCCGUGGUUGGCCGUUCAUCGACCCUGGCUAUCAAAUCGUCACUCAGCUGCUCACUAAUUCCUCUCUAUUCUCUCUGCUGACUGGGCUGUUGGAAGUAGGACUUUACCGCCUAUUGGAGAAUUCCACCGCUUUUAUCUCCUGCGCCAUGGUUCGAGCUACGGCGGCAAUUUUACGUCUCUUUGAACACAUUCUUCCACAGGAGCAGAUGGUCCUAAAUCUUGUGCGUCGAGCUGUUCUUGUGAUGCCUCAUCUGUGUCCUGAGACUGUGUGGGGCCAAAGAUCAGGCGCCGAUGUCAUCCUACCUACCUUGCUCUCGCGUCUCCUCGUGGUGACUAUCAAUUCGAGAACUGGUCGGGCUGAUCUCCUUGUCACCAUUGUUCGGUAUUGCGGUCUCUCCGAUGACCUUCCAGACCAUGGCACUUCGGCGCUUAACAUCCUCUACGGUGUUGUGCGUGCUGUGCAGCCACAUGAAUCUGUGCUGGCCGUCCUUACCAAUGAUAAGGCAAGGGAGUGUCUAAUUGGCCUAAUUGUUGACUCCUUGAAAACAUCUUGUUCUACCUUGACGCCCUCUAACCUUGCUACUAAAAAAUUAGAGCAAGAACUGUUGCGCGCUCUGGUCUCCUGCCUUAAUACCUCUCUGUGCGAGUUGUCUGACAGCAGAGGCACAGACGAGACUGGCAGCGAGUCACCACCGGUCUUCUCCGACGCCUGGCUCUAUGACGACUCUGGGACGGGAACGAUUGUCGAUGAAGGAUUUGAUUCUUGUGGCGGUAGGGGUGGUGGUGUUUGCUACCCGCCAAACCCCACACUCAGAGUGGCCAGCGUUCUCACCGCCUUUCCCACCAUGCCCUGCGAUUGGGAUAUGAGUGAAGCACGAUGGGAGUUUAUGGCCGCCUUCCCUUCACAAAAAUCGCCUUCAGCCGAUUUGAUGCCCGGUGCUUUUUGUCAAUGGCGUCAAGGUCAUGGAUGUUCAAUUCGCUCAACAAUUCUGCGUUUGAUUCUCUAUGCUCUGACCAACCAUCCGAGUCCCUCAAUCGCCCACUGGCUCUUGGGAUUCCGCUGCAAGAACUCACGCAGCAUUGCUCUGACAACUUUUCAGGACGCCGGCGUGGGUGGAUUUCCUCGAACCUGCCUGCAUGCGCUGCUCGAUCUCCUCGAAUUGGCCGUGGCCAGUCUGCGUGAGAAUUUAGUGGCCGAACUGGAGGCCUGCCCGCCGCACGUCUCUUUGCUGAUGCAACAGUGGGAUGCUGCGAUAGGCUGGCAAAUCCUCUACCACCUUAUGGCCGCCACCACCACCACGGCUGUCCCUGUUUCCCGUUACCUCCGUGGCAACCACGACCUCAUCGCACGUCAUCUUACCACCGGCCUUAUUGGAGUCCUUCUCGCUGCCCCUUCUCCAUUGUCUGCAUCAACGUCAUCAGAGGAUAAUGCUAAAUGUGUCGCCGACGCUUCUGUUUUAGCUCUCCAGUCCCUCGUGCUGAACCAGUGUUCCUGGCUAAUGAAGAUGGCAGCAAUUGAAGCGCAGUCUUCCACCUCGCAGCGCACCUACUUGGCUCGGCUGCUCAUUAAUCUGUUCCCUACUAAUGAGAACGCUGCUGGUGGUGCUGGCGAUGUUGGUGGGCAACCGGUUUCGUUCACGGAUCAUUUCUCCUCCAUUUUACCCUGCUCCGACUCGACAGAACCGCAAAAUCGAGUUCUUGCGGACCUGCUGUCGCGGAUGGCACCCUCGGAGGCGAUGCCCAGUCCCCGGUGGCCGUUUGAGCGCGAUUGUGCCGAGUCCAAGCUUGUGGAAGACAUCGUCAUAGCCUGUGAGGAGGUUUUUUCCCUCAUUUCCACCGAUGAACAAGUGUCACUGCGCUCGGGCGUCAUCAAUACUGCCUCGCUGGUCUCUCGCCUGAAUAUUUUCCUAGGUGUUACCCCUGUUCCCUCUGGUGUGCCUCAAAAGGCGGCAGUGGAGGAGAGUGUGCUUGAAGCCUCAGCACCGCUGCCAGCUGCCGCCACUACCGACGGCACCGGUGUCUGUCUGGCCACUGACGUGGCAGAGUGGGCAAGUCGUCGCAACGCGCAUCGCCUGGCCCUGGUGGCUGGAAAACAGGCGUUUUUAGAGGGCUGGCGUCACCUUGCUGAGAUCGGCCUCCGCAUGCUUCACUUCCUGGCGCGCUCUUCGCCCGAGGCUCUCGGUCUCACUACUUCCACCACCUCUUCUAGCAUCUUUUCUGGUGCAGGGAGUGCUGUCAGUCGGUAUCUUUAUGCAUCCAACAUGACUCUUCUCCAUUGCUUGCUCAGUGAGAUUGCAGCACCCGAAUCUGCGCCCGCAGUACUUAAAGUCCUGGCUAGUGGCAGUUGCCUCAGUCUGACAGCUUUCCUACAACUCUUCGCCUCGCCAAUAUCCGCGUAUGGAUCAAGGAUGCUGUUGAAGAUGAGCGGAACACAAGGCAUCCUCACCGUAACGAAACUACUUCUCGAGGCCGUCCUGACCUCCAAACCAACUCAACAGCGUGUACGUGCCAACUAUUAUGGUGCUCUGUGCUAUGUCCUUGACGUCUGCCACCGAUUUGAUCAACAGGUUUCAGUUUCUGGUGUUGGUGGUGUCACAGAGGUAUCCUUAGCACUCCAAGCAAUCAAUAUCCUCUCGGGUGAUGAUGGAAACGUUGUUAGCAGUUCUUUCCUCACUGUACUCUUUACCGAUAUCUCAAAUGGUCAUCAUCCUAUUGUUCCCAUAUCCGCUCUGGGACUGCUCUGCCUUCUAUUGAAACUAGAUCGUGCCUCAGGACAAAUUAUGGAGACUGUUAUUCGGGAUGGCUGUCUACAGUUCUGCGUUGAUAGUCUGGACGAGGAUCUGGCCAUUUUGCAGCAGUACCUAAUGUCCCGAAAUGACAAUUCUACGAAUCUAGAUAAAGACGUAAAUGAAGCAAAGGGUCAGUCUGAUGCCACCGCAGUCUUCUACGUCUAUCAAUCGAAAAUGGCCUUUCUCACCCUUACAGCCUCUACCCAGCUGGGUGCCAGGGCCCUUAUUCAAACCCCUCUUCUCGACUCGACCCUCUGUCGGUUUGAACCUCUUUCUGGAUCCUGUCUUGCCGACGCUCUAAAUCUUUCCGUAGCCACUUUCAGUAGUGGUUAUAAUGCUGUAACUGAAACCCAGUCAGAUCCACUUAGUUGGUUGGGCACUUACGAGUUUGCACAGCACCUCCUUCAUAUGUUGAAUCAACAGGAAGCAGGCGAACCCGUUGGAUGCAUUCCCAUAGGCCUCAUCGAUCGCCUGGUUACCUCACAGCUCCUCUCUGCUUCUGGGUCUAGCCUUGGAUAUUCUUUAGAUUUUGGACAGUGCCUCAAUUGGGUGGGCAUUCUUGCUCCGGCUCUGGCUCUUGCCAAGUCUCUAGUCUUCACCCUGGGUCCCACUCAUGUGUCCGCGGUGCAGAAGGUCUCGAAGUUCAUCUACACUCAUUCCGAUGCCUUGUUGACAGUGGGAGCUAGUGCCUCCGCGGUGCGGCUACUCUCUGCUCUCAUGCAAGAAUGCUUCCAAGAGGAGAACUCUGCGUCUGUGGAUAAACAGGAGCAGAUGGUCCAGGCGGCCCUUCAAUGGCUUCAGGGCGAGGAGAGUCUGGCUCAUCUUCUGUCCUUUAUACUGCGCUCGAGGAUUCCUUUCAGUCUGGAAGAACCUGACGAUCUCCCGCGUGAGCUUUUGCGAGGCAAGACGCUGCGUCACGUCUUUGCCAUUACCCCAGACUUGUUGCGCACGCUAAAAAAUAAGGAUAAUCGCGUUCUCAGUGACAAUAAUUCACCCAACAAUGCCAGACAAAUUUUUGUUAGAAAUCUUGUAAUCACGGAACAAUUGGAAUUGCUGCGUUUGUUAGUGAGCAUCUGUGUGGCUGCUGUUUCCACUGAGGACGAGUUUGACGGCUUUGAUUCGACUUUUACAAAGAAUCUCAUCUUCUCAUCCUCCCUUUCUGCAAACGAUUCCAACAGCGAUGUCUCUCUGAUCGCAGGCGCGCCGUUGAGUCGCCCCGGCCUGCACCUCCUCUUCGAGCUGGUCACUUGGUCGGCCUCGCGACUGCAUUGCCUAGAGGAUCUGGUCAACCCCCUCACUCGCUACCUACCACUCAGCAUCCUCAGUGGCACUGGUGAGGGUGGAGGUGGGAAGGAGGAAGAGGAGGGCAGGAAGUCCAGUGGUCUCUUAUCGCUGGACAAGGUUCUUCGCUGUCUUGUCAAACUACCUAUAAACGUCCACUCAUCUGGUGGGGAAAUCUCCACUGACAGUUUGCAUCAAGUUGCCACCAACGUCUUCUCCAUAUGGACGCCUGUUGUGGGUCCUCUACUCCAGACAAGUAUCGCUACCGGAGUUGACGCCGGUCAACGGAAUACCUACCUGCGUCGUUUUAUUUCCCUAGGAGGAGGGUUGCUGCAGACUCAAUUGGCUUGCUUCAUCGACGUUUUAGAGCAGUCUCUUUACCUUCUCUGGCGCCAUCUCGCCUGUUUUCUCGCCUCUGUCGGCAAACCUGAGAUGCCAACGGAGCUUGGUGGCGACUGCAGCACACCACGUCGCUGCUCGAGGCGACUUGUGGACGCCGAGUUUGUUGAGCAGCUACAACGCAAACUCUCUUUUGACCUUCUUGAUAGUAUCACUCAAGUCUCCAAGGCUCCCUAUCUCUCGUCAAGUGAACAGCUCUUCCUCCAAGUGAUGGCUCAACGUCUGGACCGGCUCAGCCAGAUGAACAGAGCAGGGGCCACAGAACGGGAGGGUUGA